GAAAGGAGUGUAAGAAUGAAGUAUCUUUUGCUGCUUCUCUUAACAUAUAUAGCUGUUUCCAAUGCUCUUCCUGCCCACCCCGAGAAAGACAACAAAGAAGAUACAAAGCUUGUAGAGGAUUACUUAAGCAACUUCUAUGCCAGUGAGACAGACUCGAAUCAGAGUGGAUGGAAAACAAAAGCUGAUUUUACAGCUGAGAAACUCCAAAAAAUGCAAAGAUUUUUUGGUUUGAAAGUGACAGGAAAACCAGAUACCGAGACAUUAGAAAUGAUGAAGAAACCUAGGUGUGGUGUUCCUGAUGUAGGUCUCUAUGGUGUUACUCUGCCCGGAUGGAAGAAAAACAAUCUCACAUACAGAACUGUGAACUACACCCCAGAUAUGAGCAAAGAAGAUGUGGAUAAAGCAAUCCAGAAGGCAUUUAAAGUGUGGAGUACUGUCACCCCACUGAUUUUCACUCGCAUCCAAGAGGGAAUUGCAGAUAUAAUGAUUGCUUUUGGGAGAAAAGCUCAUGGACAUUGCCCUCGCUAUUUUGAUGGUCCUCUUGGUGUUCUCGCUCAUGCCUUCCCACCUGGCAGUGGUUUUGGUGGUGAUGUUCACUUUGAUGAGGAUGAAGACUGGACCACAGGCUCAGAUGGAUAUAACUUGUUUCUUGUUGCUGCUCAUGAAUUUGGCCAUUCGCUGGGACUUGAACACUCCAGAGACCCUGGAGCACUGAUGUUCCCAAUUUACACAUAUACUGGAAAAUCUGGUUUUGUGCUUCCUGAUGAUGAUGUGCAAGGGAUUCAAGAGCUCUAUGGUCCUGGAGACAGAGAUCCCAACCCAAAACAUCCCAAAACACCAGAGAAAUGUGCUGCAGAUUUAUCAAUUGAUGCCAUAACAAAACUUCGUGGAGAAAUGCUGGUCUUCAAAGACAGGUUUUUCUGGCGACUGCACCCUCAGAUGGUUGAAGCAGAACUUGUUUUAAUUAAAUCCUUUUGGCCAGAGCUUCCAAACAAAAUAGAUGCAGCUUAUGAAAACCCCAUUAAAGAUCUUGUCUUUAUGUUUAAAGGAAAGAAGGUUUGGGCUCUGAAUGGCUAUGACAUAGUUGAAGGCUUUCCUAAAAAGAUAUAUGAAAUGGGAUUCCCAAAAGAAAUGAAAAGGAUAGAUGCAGUGGUCCAUAUUGAUGACACUGGCAAGACUCUCUUUUUUACAGGGAAUAAGUACUGGAGUUAUGAUGAAGAGACAGAGGUUAUGGACACGGGCUACCCCAAGUUCAUAGAAGAUGAAUUUGCAGGAAUUGGUGAUAGAGUGGAUGCAGUCUACCAAAGAAAUGGUUACCUCUACUUCUUCAAUGGACCACUGCAGUUUGAAUACAGCAUCUGGAGCAAAAGAAUUGUCCGCAUCCUGCAUACUAACUCCUUAUUUUGGUGCUAAGUACAGAUGAGCACCAUGCUACAAGCUGCAGAGCAGCUUUUAGUACAUGGAAAUAAUAAUUCAGGCAUACAAGUUUAUUAGAGGAAAGCAGAGUUCUGUGAACAAGCACUGGCGACCUAGAACCAAAUGUAUACUCAUAUACUGUAUAUAUGGAACUAUACAGCUGUAUGUCAGUCUGGAACUGCAUUAAAUUAAUAGUAAAACAGGAAGAAAAUGAUACUCAUUUUAAGGGGCAUUACACCAUUUAAAGUUUGUCUAGCAUUAAAGUGAGGAGAUGGAUACAUUCUUCAUGAUCAUAAGCAUGACUAAGUCCCAGCAAUCUAGCAUCUUCUUAGAACUGUGUAGUAUUUCUGAAGAAAUAGAGCUGAUACUCCCUGGAGUGUUUUAUUUUAAAAUUAAUCCUUCUGUUCUUUGCAAAAUUAUUUCUAAAGUACUGGGGAUCCAGGCCUGUAAGGAAAAAGUCAGGACUGCAUGGUGUUUCCCUGAGCAAGAUAACACCAGGCUGCAACACUGAAGUUAGGGAACCCAAAGUUAUUUAAAUGUAUCCCCAUCUGAAUGGGAAUGUCUCCCUAGAAAGAGAUGUCCAUGUUAUAUGUGAAAGAAGCUGAAUGCAUAGAGGCAGCAAGGCUGCAUCUCAAAGCAGACAGAAAAGCAGGAAAAAGGAACAGUAUUCCCUGCAGGAAUCAUCAGUUUGUAUGACACUGGGAAAGCCAGAAAGCAGCAAUACCAAGGGAGUCACACAGGUUGAAGCCUUUCAUGAAACUGCAUCUGGUAACAGUCCAUGUUUCCAGCUGCUGUGAAGUUAUUCAAGUGACAUUCAUAGAAGUUAUGCCUAUCUGUGCUGGCAGAGAACUCGAACAUUCAAAUAAAAAUAUUCAAAAUAAAACCUUUUCAUGUUUGUCACCCUUUCAGUAUUUAUGGUACCAUAUAAAUUACAACUGUUUUGGUACCAUAUAAAUUCUGGGGGCUUCUUUUGUGAUUUUUGUUGUUUGUUUGGUUGGUUUUGUUUUCAAUCACUGAAAAUGAAGUGGGACUGUGACUAUUUCUCAGUUUAAGAAAGUAGUAUUAAAUAAACUGGAGGAAUGAAAUGACACUGUGAAAUUAUUUCAAUUAAGAUAUCCUUCACUGUAUGUCAUAAAAGCAAGACAGAGCUAUGGAAGAAAAACUGAGAAACCUAUCCUGUGCA